GAGACACGUGUUAUGUAGUAAUGACGUUGUUUCACGUGAUCGCCAGUUGUUUCCGGCUCGCUGGACUUCCGUGUUUACACUGCGCGCGGAGACUGAAGCUCAUGGCGUUCAUUCGGAGGAAGCAGCGCGUUAAAGAAAGAUUUUCCCUGCUGUUGCUGGAUCUGGAAGAACAUUAUUUUGAACAACACACGGCAUAUAAUCUGAGCGGCAGACGUACAGAAGUGAACAGACGCAAGAGUGGCUCUUUAAAGAUCUGCUCCAAAUCAGUCAUAUAUGAACCAGAGGAUGUGCUUGAGCCUAUUUUAAAGAUUCCUCUUAAAGACUGCAGAGGAAUUGAGGCAGUGGAAGAAACGGAGCUCAAUCCAUUUAUAAAAAGUAAACCUCCACGUAUUCUUAUAGAAACCCGGCAGAUUUACCUCAUUAAAGAAGGAAAUGUGGUUGCUCCAUAUAAAUACGACAGGGGAGAUAAAAAGAUUAUAUUCCAGCUGGAAGAGUCCAGUAAAACUGAAGAUGUUGUUCAAAUUUUACUACAGUUAUACAGAGCAUCUUGUCUGGAUAAAUUGGGUGACCAGACAGCUAUGAUUGCAGCUAUCCUGCAGUCCAGGUUGGCAAGAACAUGUUUUGAUAAAAACAGUUUUCAGUGCGUAACCGAGCGUCCACACAUGGAGUGUGUAGCAGAGAUGGUUUCACCUCUGGUGACGAACGCCGGUCACGUCUGCAUCACGGAUCACAAUCUUUACUUCCAGCCCAUGAAUGAAUAUCCCGAUUCGGUGGUGCUGAUCGGGUUGCAUAGCGUAAGGCGGAUCUACAAACGGAGACAUGGGCUAAAGCCUUUGGGUCUUGAAGUCUUCUGCACAGAGAAUGAUCUGCGAUCUGACAUCUACCUGAGGUUUUACAACACUAAAGAGAGGGAUGAGCUUUACUACUAUAUCGCUACUUUCCUCGAGAAUCACAUGACCGAGCAAACGGCCGAGAGCUACAUGCUGCAAUGGCAGAGAGGUCUGAUCACCAACUAUCAGUACCUGCUUCAUCUCAACAAUUUAGCCGACCGCAGUGUCAAUGAUCUUUCCCAGUAUCCUGUGUUCCCUUGGGUCCUGAGCGACUACACCAGCGAACAACUCGAUUUGCUGAGCCCUGCUUCAUUUCGAGAUCUCAGUAAACCGAUCGGAGCUCUGAACACAGAGAGACUGGAGAGAUUGCUGGAACGCUACAGAGACAUGCCUGAACCACGAUUUAUGUACGGCAGUCAUUACUCCUCACCUGGAUAUGUGCUCUUCUACCUGGUCAGAGUCGCUCCUGAAUACAUGCUGUGCCUGCAAAACGGACGCUUUGAUCAUGCAGACCGAAUGUUUAACAGUGUUGGAGAAACAUGGAAGAACUGUUUAGAGGGAGGCACAGAUUUUAAAGAGCUCAUACCUGAGUUUUACGGGAGUGACGGCAGUUUUCUGAAGAAUCUGCUGGGGUUGAAUCUCGGCAGACGGCAGGGAGGAGGAAGAGUCGGAGAUGUUGAACUUCCACCAUGGGCGACAGAUGCAGAUGACUUCCUUCAGAAACUGAAUUUAGCGUUGGAGAGUCAGUAUGUGUCUGAACAUCUGCACGAGUGGAUCGAUCUCAUUUUUGGCUACAAACAGAGGGGAAGUGAAGCUGUGGCAGCUCACAAUGUCUUCCAUCCAUUAACAUAUGAGGGAGGAGUUGACUGUGAUAGCAUCGAGGACCCAGAUCAGAAAAUCGCCAUGUUAACUCAGAUUUUGGAGUUUGGACAAACGCCCCGACAGCUCUUCACCAUUCCUCAUCCUCAGCGCAUAACUUCACGAUUUCACAAUCUGUCAGCGACGCCGAGCCUCAGCAGCAGCGAGUUCUCACCAGUGUCACCCAGUAUGGAGUCAUUUGAAGAUCUGACAGAGGAAAGUAAGAAAAUGGCCUGGAGUAACAUGAACAAACUCACACUGCAGUCCUGUCACAAACUACAUAAAGAGGCAGUAACCGGCAUUGCUGUGCCUCUCACGGGUGACUGGAUCUUCUCAACAUCUCUAGACUCUACAUUGAAGAUGUCCUCUAAAGAUGGCGUCCUGCAAAGAAGUGUGUCCUUUUCCAACAUGGCUUUGUCCUCCUGCCUGAUAUUGCCUGAUGAACAGAUUGUUGUGUGCUCUUCCUGGGACAAUAACGUGUAUUUUUACUCCAUAGCGUUUGGAAGAAGACAAGAUACUUUAAUGGGCCACGAUGAUGCAGUCAGUCACAUUUGCUGGAGAGAUGACAAACUUUACACCGCAUCCUGGGAUUCCACUGUGAAGAUGUGGAAGUGUGUAGCAGCUGAUAUCUCCAGUAAUAAGAAGACUCGGUUUGAUCUGUUGGCUGAAUACGAGCAUGAAGCUGGGGUUAAUACUUUAGAUCUCAGUCCGACUGGCACACUUUUGGCAACGGGCACCAGGGAAGGAACCCUCACCGUGUGGGAUCUCAGCCAUCCUCUGCCGCUUCAUCAGCUGUCGUGCCAUUCUGGAAAGAUCCAUCAGGUGGCCUUCAGUCCCGACAGUAGACAUAUUCUGAGUGUUGGCGCGGACUCGUGUUUGGCGGUCACAGAUGUACAGACAGGAACGCUCAUCUCUACUGUACGUGCAGAAGAAGAACAGAGGUGUUUCCUAUGGGACGGCAGCACUGUGUUAACCGGAGGACUGUCAGGAAAUCUCAGCGUUUGGAAUCUUCUCAGUAAUAAAGUCAUCCAGAAGAUCCCGGCUCACUCAGGUGCAGUUACCUGUAUGUGGAUAAAUGAACAGGGCAGUAACAUCAUCACGGGUGGAGAAGACAAACAAAUUCGGCUGUGGAAACCCCAGUAUUAACAAACACACACACACACAUAUCCAUCAUGCUCUAUACAAACUAUAGUCCAAUUUUACCUGGUUAUUUCAUGGGACAUUUUAAACUGGAGAAAUUCUCUGUUAUGUCCUUACUAUAUUUGGUCCAUUUUUAUGACAAAGUUAUCAGUUUUAAAUGACAUUAAGCUUGUAAACGGUGAUAAGGAGAGAUGGCAUACGCAUUGCAUGAUACUGUUUUUAGUAGUAUUUUAAGAUAUCUUUCCAAUCAUUUGUUUGGCUCAAUAUAAAAUGCAUGUGGUAAAUCUGUCGAAAUAAUAUUGAUCUGACAAUCAACAAUUCAUAUUAUUCAGUAUAAUCACUAAAUCAUAUAAGCUGUCAUAAAUAAUCGUACAUUAUUAUACGGGUUUACAAAGAAGGUAACACAUUACUGAGAGGUGACUAAAGAACUGAAGAAUCAGUUUACUUGUUAUAUUAUAACUUACCACUAAUGCUUGCAGGUCAACAUUACAGUAAAACUGAAGUGUAAACAUGAAUGCAUAUGGCAUUCAGUAUCUUUAUGUUUGAAAUGUAUGCCCUUCAGUUUAAGACUGUACGAUAACUUGAGUCAAAGGCUUGUUUGCAUAACGCAUUACGCGUAUAUUUACUAGUUAGUUAAGAUUUAAUUUACUAUUAUUUUUUGUUUGCCAAUUGCUGCAGAUUUGAUAGGAGUUUUAAAUGUGCCUUUGUUUUUAAUCAUUUGAGAGUUAUGCCUUUUAAUGCCUGCUUUACAAAUAACUUACACAUACAAGUUAUGUAUGAGAGCAUAAUUAAAUUAUUCUGUAACAUAAGAUGUUACAAUAUUCGCUUAACAUGUUAUAGACACAUUUCUGUAUAUAUGAAUAAUUUUAUAUUCAUACGCUAUUUAUAACCGAAUGCCUUGAGAAAUAACUCUUCAGUGAAGAGGAUUUUCUGUGUUAUGUGUGUUAGUCAUUAAAAAUGUUGAAGUCAGUUUCACAAGAUUAUGCAUUAUUCUGUCAGUAUACGUACAGCAUAAUAACUUAAAUACGUUUUAAAAUGUUAGUGGCCAGAUUGCAAUAUGUUUGGGUGUUUAUAACCUAAUGGAAACAUUUUCCGUUUUGAUGUUUAAGUUGUUGUUUACUUUGAUCUGUUUUUGUUUUUAAACCUAAUGGAAAAAAUGCUGGAAUCCAAAAGUUUGCAAACGCAUUAUUGUUAUACGUGUAAGUUAUACUGACCGAUUAUUUCUUUAAUGUUUGUGUUUCUUUUUUCUGUAUUAAACAAUAUGUUCAUAAAGGACUUUCAUGUCUGUAUUUA